AUGACUAUUGACAACCAAGUUGGACUUGAUGGGCAAAACAUGGUUGCUCCCAUUGAUGGAACCAUUGGAGGUGGUGCUCUUGGAAAUGGAAAUGGGUUAAGUGAGUCGACGCCCCAAUUUGGGAGUGGUCAGCCACUUACAAACCCUUCAAUGUGGCGCUGUAAGCGUAGGAUUGAUGCCAGAAAAGUUGGUGGGAAUGGGUUCAAAACUUGGCAACAAAAGAUGCUUUUCUUUUUGACCAAUUUGAACCUUGACAAGUAUCUGAAAGAUGAUGCACCCAUUGUCCCACCAGGGAACACUGAUUCAACCAUUAUGGAUCGGUGGACCCAGUCAGACUUUCUGUGCAAGGGCUGGAUUCUAAGCCGCUUGAUAGACCCAUUGUACAAUGUGUACUGUGAGGCGAAAACCUCCAAGCAACUUUGGUUGGCCUUGGAGAAGAAGUAUAAGUCCGAGGAUGCUGGCUGUCAGAAAUACGCUACGGCGAAAUUUCUCAACUUCAAAAUGGUGGAUUCAAAACCCAUCAUGGAACAAGUUGAAGCCUUGCAAUUGAUUACGCAUGAGAUAGCGCUGAGGGCUCACCUCACAGAAGAUGACUUGUGUGCUGUGGUCACUGAAGUCAACAAUGUUGAGGACAACCCAAGGGAGUGGUGGUACGACACAGGUGCCACUAUCCACAUCUGCAAUGAUAUGGACAUGUUUAGUACCUAUCAGAAAUGCAACAAUGGAGAACGCCUAUUGAUGGGAAACACUGGUUCUUCCAAGAUUGAGGGUCAUGGCAAAGUGGUGCUGAAGAUGACCUCAGGAAAGGAGAUCACUCUCCAAAAUGUGAAGCAUGUGACAGACAUGAGAAAGAAUCUGAUUUCUGGUACUCUUAUGAGUAAGGCCGGAUUUGCUACCAAUUUCGAGUCUGACAAGCUUGUGCUCAAGAAACAUGAAUUUAUUUGGGAAAGGGUAUGUUAA